UUUGCCAAAACCUCAAAUCGGACGACUGAAAUUCGAAAAACCCUAAACUCGAAGAAGAUGAAACUCGCCCAUUCCGCGAUUCGAUCCCUUAGCGACGUAGCUUCCUUUCAAACAUGUCGUCCUUUCAUAUCUAGAAGCCUCUCCACCAACGCUAAUCAAGAUCCGAUCCAGAAUCGAUCAUCAGACGAUUGGAUGUUUGGCGGCAAAGACGAAAAAGCCAAUAGCUUCUUCCAGCAUCUUGGCAAGGCGGAGAAAGAUAAGCGCGACUACACAGGCUUUAGUAGAUCACAAGGAAACGGUUCGAGAUUCGAUUCUUCAUCCGAUGGCGUCGAUGGUAAAUUGAAGGAAGCUGCGUUGAUUUACAACGUUGAUGAGGACGAAGGUGUGAAGGAUGGAUACUCGUUUAGGCCCGAUGUUAACAGCUGGGGAGUUAAUCAGUUCCCUAGAGAUAUGAACUAUAGGAGGCAGAUGCAAAGGCCUAGGCAGAAUAACAAGGCGGAGAUCACCACGGAUGAAGUUCUUAAGAAAGCUGAUUUCAGGAAUGUUAGAUUCCUUGCACAGUUCAUCACCGAAGCUGGGAUCCUCGUUAAGAGGAAGCAGACUGGUAUUAGCGCAAAGGCACAAAGGAAGAUUGCUAGAGAGAUCAAGACGGCCCGUGCAUUUGGACUGAUGCCUUUCACAACAAUGGGUACAAAGGCUUUUACAUUUGGGAAAACCAUGGAGAAUAGAGACCAAGAUUUCGAGUAUGAAGUGGUUGACGAUGAUGAUGAGUAUGAUGACAACACACCUGAGUGACUCCCAAGGGUUGGAUCCACUCUCUCUUGCCUGACUAGUGAGGUCUUGUUUUCAUUUCUUGGGUUUUGAUCGGUUGGUAUUUGGAAUAAUCCGAUGGUAGCAAGUUGAGUAUACAUGAUUGACUGUAUUUCAGUAGCUGCUCUUCAGUUGAGAAUAGGAUUUGUAUUUUAUUUUGUUACUUUGGAAGUUCUAGGCAUUAUGCUUUAGUAUCAUUGUCUCUAAUUCCAAACAUUACUCUGUAAAUUAAUGGUUACUUUGUUCUACAAAUCAAGUCAUAAUCAGGUAUUA